UUUCUCAUCAUCCAUUUGGGCUCCAGGGACGCGAGAGAAGAGGCGUCGCGGGCCGCUGCCCAUCGGAGCCGCCGCACGAGCAGCACGAACGAUGAACCUGGCGGCGGACGAGGGAAGGCAAGCCUUGGUCAGACAGGUCUCGGACCACCUCGUGAAGGGGAACGUCCGUGCCGCCGAGGCUCUCCUGAGCAACCGGCACGCGUGCAACAAGAUCUUCUACCAUUCCGUCAUCAGUGCGUGCGCCAGGGCCCGCUGCCCGGGCGGCGCCUCGUGGGCGGUCGACCGCAUGGUACAGGUGGGCCUGAUGCCCAACAUUGUCACCUUCAACUCCGUCUUGGAUGCAUGCGCCAAGGCAGGGGACGUCCCGCGGGCGGUCGAGUGGUUCGAGCACAUGCAGAGUCAGAGGGUUCAGCCGAACAGCAUAACCUAUAACACCAUGAUCAGCGCCUUCUCGCGCGCUCAUGACGUCGUGGGCGCCGAGACGUGGAUGAGAAAGAUGGUGAACGCGGGCAUCGAGCCCAGCGUCAUGUCCUUCAGCACCAUCAUCGACGUCGCCGCCAAGGCGGGCAAGAUGAACAAGGCGGAGGACUGGUUCCAGGAGAUGCUGAAGUUCGGGAUCUCCCCGGACGCGGUCGUCUUCAACUCCCUCAUCAACUCGUGCGCGAAGGCGUCGAGCCCCACCAAGGCCGAGCAGUGGCUGCUGAUGAUGGGGGAGGCCGGGCUCCGCCCGGACGAGAAGACCUACAACUGCGUCAUCAGCGCCUGCGCGAAGCUCGGGCUCGCCGAGCGGGCGGAGUACUGGUUCCACGAGAUGGAGAAGAACGGAUGCAGGGUCGACAACGUCAGCUUCGCAUCCAUCAUCCACGCGAGCGCCAAGAAUGUCGACGUGGGCAGGGCGGAGGAGUGGUUCGAUGCGAUGCUGGACCGCGGGCUCUCCCCGAACAUCGUGUGCUUCAACACCAUGCUGCACGCGUGCGCGCAGAAGGGAGACACCGCGGCGGCGCUGAAGUGGUACAAGCGCAUGCUGUCUUGGGGCCUUCAGCCCAACACCAUCACCUUCAACAGCAUGCUGGACACAUUCGUGAGGCAGCGCGACCUGGGUAUGGUCAAGGACUGGCUGGAGAAGAUGGCGGUCGCCGGGCACGCGCCGGACAACGUCACCCUCGUCACGCUGGUCCGCUUCUGGCAGGGCGACGUGGCCAGCGGCGCUGGCGGCGCGGAGAGCCACGCGCGGGCGUGCGACCUGAUCGCGGAAGCCUGCCGCAGGGCCGGGGACGCCGAGGGCUCCCGGUACUGGCGCGUGGCGCGCUCCGAGGCGCCGUCCAGGGGGCGCGCUGGCAAGACCGCGUGGCCUCUGGCGCUCAAGCUGCGGGGGGGCCGCGGCGAGGACGCCGGGGCCAAGGCCGUGCCGCCGGCGCAGGCGCAGCCGAUUCGCUCGCAGUUCACGCUGGUGCCGCCCGGUGUGGACUACUUCGAGGCCGCGGGCGCCGCCGAGGACGCCGCGGAUUCCGGCGGCGACGCCGCCGCUGGCCCGCAGCCGUGGACUCCCGGCACGGCGAGCGACUUCCCCUCCUCGGGCAGCUCCAGGUCCACGAGCGCGCUGUCGAUCGAGGACUGGAUGCUCGCGGCGGCGGCCCGGGACCCGCGGGCGCUCGAGCUGCUGCGCGCUCCCGACCAGGGCGAGGUGCCCGUGUACUUUCGCCUGAGCCUGUGAGGCCCCCCUCCCGAUAGAGGAUACGGUGCGGUGCUCCUCCGCUCCCCCUCCCCCCCUCCUUUUCCUUCUCCCUCUUCGCCUCUCCCCUUCGCCAUCCCUCCUCCCCCGUGCCGUCGCGGAUCCUUUGACGCGAGAAGUGCUUGCCGCGCCAGCUGAGUCCGAGCUGCUGAUGCGAUCGCAGAUUCUGGUGUUGGCCUCCAUAAUGCGUGUGGGGUGUGGCCAUCCGCGUUGACAUACUUCGGAGUGUCCCUCCUUCCUUCCGCUCCUUUCCUUUAGCGCGGGAUACGGUGGGUCUGCGGCAAGGGCCACUGGCAGCCCGCCCUCCCGCAUGCUGGACACCUGCAGGCGCUCGCCGGCCCAACUUUCCAUGCGGCUCGACCGCGCGUGCUGUGGUGCCGAGGCCCCCGUGGAUGUGUUCAUCACGGGCGAGCGCCCAGCACGGCAUUUCCAGACUCAUGCACAUCACCCUCCUGCGCCCGAGGGAGGCAGUCCGUCUUUCCGCACCCUUGCAAGACGAGUUCUGCAUGCCUGCGUUCUGGCCUGUCUUGUGCAGUUCCGGCCCAAUAGCCGUGCGGGGUACGGUCGAAUGUCUGCAGCAGACGGGAUCACGCUCGCAGGAAUGCCGUGCGAUCGGCGAGCUCCCGCGGGGGGGGGCGCAGCAGAGUCGAAAUGGGGCGCGCUGGAGGACCAAAGACAGAGCG